AGAUUGGGCAAUACGGCUCGAUGUGAUUUUGUUAAUUUUUAUUGGUCUUGUGACGGAAUUUAAUUGCAAUGCAAGGUAAAUAUUUUGACCGACAAAAUAAUAAAUGAUAGAUCGAAAAAUAACUGUAAUCCGUUUCGAGAGGUUACUAAACCCUAGUAUAAGCAGGUUAAGGACAUACCAAUGGGGAAUUGCAUAUAAUCAACAACCGAUCAAAAUACCUCAUACCUAAAAAUAUCACUUCAAGUAACGUGAUAAAUAAGUCGCGUGCAACUUAUCACCCAAAUUUAAAAUUACCGCAAUUACGUACUAGGCAACAAAAAUACUGCAGUUCAUUGUUUUUAUUGCACCAGACUCUACUAAAUAUAGUGAGGCACUGUCAUCAUUACAAUAAUUAUUAUUAAUGUUGUGUUAAUUUCCAAUAAUCUUAUCGUUCGCUUGUUUAUUGCUCCCCCUCGUGGAAAUGUACAAGUCACAAGAUAACUGACCCCCUACGAGUCAAGCGUCUUCUGUAAUGACGACACACUCCCGGAGAAUUGCUGUGUUUAUACUAAAUUACGAGUUACGAUCGUCGAAUUGCGUGCGAAAAGCAUGUUUUUAUUAUGUAAAAAAUGAAUGGUCCAGAAGGACCAAGCUGUCAAGAUAGUUGUGGAAGUGUAAAUAAUUCACAGGCAGCCAUGGAGCGCCUAGGAAUGGAGGGAUCGUCAUCCUGCGAUAGAAGUCACGGCGAAGUUAAAGUGAACAGCAAGAGAUUCGGAAGGGGAGCCGUACAAUCAGGUCUGACCCACGAAUGUGGUGUGUUCGGAGCUAUCAGUACCGGCGAUUGGCCGACGCAGGUCGACGUGCCUCAAGUCAUCUGUUUAGGACUUGUCGCGUUACAGCAUCGAGGACAAGAGUCAGCCGGUAUUGUCACAUCGGAGGGCAAGAACGCUCGCCAUUUCAACUCUCACAAAGGCAUGGGACUGAUCAACAAUAUAUUUAACGAUGAAGCCAUGAAGAAGCUUAAAGGAAACCUCGGAAUUGGACACACUAGGUAUUCGACAUCAGCUGCAUCGGAGGAGGUGAACUGCCAACCGUUCGUGGUACACACUGCUCACGGCGCUCUCGCCGUCGCACACAACGGGGAACUCGUCAACUGUGGCAGUCUCAGGAAGAUGGUAUUAGGACGCGGAGUGGGUUUAUCCACGCACUCUGACUCCGAGUUGAUCACGCAGGCGCUCUGCCUCAACCCGCCGGAAGGCGAGACUAAUGGACCCGACUGGCCUGCAAGAAUCAACCACCUUAUGAGACUGGCGCCCCUAAGUUAUUCACUGGUAAUUAUGUUGAAAGACAAAAUCUACGCGGUACGUGACCCGUACGGCAACAGACCACUUUGUCUCGGAAAGAUUUUACCUUUAGGAUCAUCAUAUGUCUACAAACAGUCUUCAGCGCAGCAUGCCGCGGUUUUAAUGAACGGUUGCGCCAAAAACGGCGUAGAUGAGAGAGCAGAGGGUUGGGUCGUGUCGUCUGAGUCAUGCGGCUUUCUCUCUAUUGGCGCGCGUUACGUCCGCGAGGUGCUCCCGGGCGAGAUCAUCGAGAUGUCCCGCCACGGCGUGCGCACUGUGGACGUGGUGGAGCGGCCCGCAGACAAGCAGCAGGCAUUCUGUAUCUUCGAGUACGUGUACUUCGCCAGGGCAGAUAGUAUCUUUGAAGGUCAGAUGGUGUACUCAGCCCGCAUGCAGUGCGGCCGCAUGCUGGCGCGGGAGUCCGCUGUGGACGCCGACAUCGUGUCCUCCGUGCCAGAGUCAGGGACUGCCGCCGCGCAUGGGUACGCCAGACAGUCUGGCAUCCCGUUCAUGGAGGUCCUGUGUAAGAACCGCUACGUGGGCCGCACGUUCAUCCAGCCGUCCACGCGGCUGCGGCAGCUGGGCGUGGCCAAGAAGUUCGGCGCGCUCUCGGAGAACGUGCGCGGGAAGCGCAUCGUGCUCAUCGACGACUCCAUCGUGCGCGGGAACACCAUCGGGCCCAUCAUCAAGCUGCUGCGGGACGCCGGCGCCGCUGAGGUACACAUAAGGAUAGCAUCUCCUCCGUUGAAGUACCCGUGUUACAUGGGCAUCAACAUCCCCACACGGGAGGAGCUCAUAGCCAACAAGAUGGACUCCUUCAAACUUGCUGAGCACGUCGGUGCCGACAGUCUAGAAUACUUAAGCGUGGAGGGCUUAGUAUCAGCGAUACACUACAACAUGAAGACCACGCCCAGCGAUGGGCUCGGCGGCCACUGCACGGCCUGCCUCACGGGCGAGUACCCCGGCGGAGUGCCCGACGACGAGUGGUGAGCUACACUCCGCGCAAGACACGAUACACCAUGUUACACACCUUAUACAACACGCUGAGACACUUUAUAUCGACUGGGUAUAGCUAUAGAAGUCCGUUCAUACCGAUUUACAGUGAUUUGUAGGUAUUGGUAAUUAUGUUUUUAGCUAUACUAGGUGUCAAACCUAUUUUGUUCCCUAAUGAUACAAUAGGAACUCUUUGAAUUUGAUUGCGUACGGUUAUUUUGAGAAGCCGGACUUCUGCUGCUGAUACACUGCCCAGUCGCUAUAAAGUUCGAAUCGAAGUAAAUAAGGUUGAUUGUAACACUAUAAUCCUAUAAAGUUAUUUUAAAUUAAGAAUACUUAAUAUACUGCUGUGUGUAUGAGAUGUUAAAGUUGUAUGGAAUGUGUAACUUAGUUGUUACUGGUACAGUCGCUAACUUCAGUGGUUUUAAUACCUAUUUUGUGAUGCUGCUCUUGUGUAGUCGACUGUACUGUUAUAUUUACAAAUAUAUUGUUAGAUCAAUAUUCUAUAAAUUAUGGUGGUAUUUGGAAAAGUAAGUGUUUGUUGCCUGAUGUGUUCUAAACUUAUACACAUACAAUAAAAAACAAUGGUUUAAAAUUUCAUUUUAAUGGGCAAGUAGUUGUUGUGUACUUCUAGUGCCAUGUUCAUAAUACAUAUAAUUUACAUCUACUUCAAUGUCGAAUAUGACAUUCAAACAAACACUCAAACACAAGGCAAUGGACAAAAUAUGUAUGGUAUGGUCCUAUUUCAUACUUAUACUCAAAUUCUUUAAUUUAAUACACGUUUACUGUCUUCUAUUGACUUAUUUGUGUAUUGUUAUAUUUUUCUUACUCGAAUAGUUAAUGAAAAUGGACCAUUCAGUUUUAUCUUCUACUUGUAAGCUGCGUUUCCACCAAUGUCACGUAAGGAGGUAAGUUUGUAGAAUUAAUAGUGUUUUGUAGGUAUUAUAAAUAACAUAUUUUAACACUAUUAACAAAAUUAUAAACGACAAUAAUUGGAUCAUAUUUUGUUUUCAUAUUUUUAAUGAAAAAACUUCAAUUUAUCCAUAAUAUACAACAUACAUCCCGAAUUACGGCACUGAUCCCUGGUGGAAACUCAGCAUAAAUUUGUAUUGUUAUAUUUUGCCUAUAGUAAGUCUCUUACAAACUCGUAUGACGGUCCAAGCAAUAUAUUUCUCUACAAUGUGCAUUUCUUUCGAAUUGUUUCUCGAAUAUAGAAUUAGAAUUUAUUCCUUUUAGCUAAGGUCGUGCUGGCUACGACAGAGUCUAUAUUACAGCUAAACUAGUGAUACAAUUAAUAUAAGAAUAUUAUUAAGAGUUUAUACAAAAAUAAACAUUCCUAUAAAUAAA